AGUAAAAUGAAGCAAUCGAUGAAGUUGUAUAUAGAUAUAUCGUGUCUAAUCGGCAGGGAAAAUUUAACGGACUCUAAAUAAAUUGAAUUAUCGUUUUUGCGUUGAGUUUGUUCAAAUUUACGGAAUUUGAUUUACGUAUUGUUGCCAUUCGGGAACAAAUUAAAUUUUCCGUUUAACUUUCGGGGAUGUCAAGCGAUAGCGUAGCGAGUGCGGGCAAACGUACCCAGGGAAAAAGCGAUUCUCCUGGCGAUGAGGGAGCCGGAUGUGGUACGUGUCGACGACUCGAUUAUAGCCGAAUGGUGCAGUGCGACGAUUGUGAUGUGUGGUUUCACUACGAGUGCGUUAACGUGGAGGACAGUAUUCGGGACCGAGACUGGAGUUGUAAUGGGUGUAUAAGGAAAUCGUUGGAGCAGGAAAGGCGUGGUUUGCGUGAACAGUUGGAGCAUCUUGAACGGGAGCAGAAGCAAUGGCAACAGAAGCAACAAAAACACCUGGAGCAGGCUGAAGAACAUCAGAGACGGCUUGAGCAGCAGCAAAAGCAGAAUCAGUUUAAUCAGUCGCAGAAGGGAAAGUUGCAGUUGCAACAAGGUUCGCUGUCGGGAGUUGUUACAACACGAUCUAAGGCAUUCCAUAGUGAUUUUCAGGGCGCAAUUCCGAAGCAGCCAAGGCAGAAAGAUGAAGUCUCGGAAAACAUAGCGGAUCGGCAAUAUAGCAUAGAACGAUCAGCGAACUCUAAUGCUAACUGCACCACGUCAACCAGAACAAGUAGCAAAGCGACCUCGAAUGUGUCAAAACGGUCAGCAAAACUCCGCGACCUACAAUUGAAAGCUCUAGAAGCACGACAAGCGCUGGAGAAAAAGCAGCUAGAGGAGCGUUUAGCUCUAGAUCUAGAAAUGCUGGAGAUGAGCGACUCGGAAUCGGCAACAAACGAGACCUGCGCCAAGAUCGAAGAUUGGCUAAACAACACGGAGAAUAUAGGAAAAGAAGUUUUUAAACCUUUUGAUGAAACUCCCCUUCCGGUAUACGAUGAGCUUCUACGAAAAUCAGUAGUAGUGUCGACUCGGGAAAGUCUUCCCAGUAACUAUGUCCCAGUAGUGGUCUCUGGUCUGCAGACGUCUUUUGGUAAUUCUGUUCCGCCUGAGUUUCAUAACAAUUAUGCCUCCGGUGUUGGUGAUAUCGAUCGUCCUUUACCAGGUGUGACUGUAACGAGAACUGUGCCUGGUUAUCAACCAUUGUUUACCAGCCACCCAGCAGCAGUACCGCCGAGUCUACCACCUUUUCAAACGUACUCAGCUGUGUCUCAGCAAUCAAUUAUGACGGCCACACAUCCAACAACGUGCUAUUCGCGUCCUACAGCCAGCUAUCCGCAUCCGGUAGUUCCCAGUUUCCAAUACCCUGUUCCAACCUAUCAAGGUACCGUGCUGCCACCGGUGGUAACAUCUACACCGCGUCAGAACGUGACAUUUAAUCAUCAGCAAUUAAACGGUGACGACGUGCCUCUGAAUAAUGGUCAUCUAGCGGCGAGACAGACAGUGAAAGAUUUACCAAAGUUCGGAGGAGAUCCUGAAGACUGGCCACGGUUCAUCGCAGCCUACGAGAGAACGUGCAGGAUGUGUGGUUUUCGAAAUGACGAACUGCUUGAUCGACUGGAGAGGAGUCUAUACGACAAAGCCCUGAACGCGGUUAAAAGUCUGCUUUUACAUCCGGACAACGUUCCGGUGAUCAUAAGCCGAUUAAAAACCCUUUUUGGAAAUCCGGAGUCCAUAGUGGAAACGAUGGUGCAUAGAGUCAGGAUGAUGCCACCACCAAAGGCUGACAAAAUGGAAACGAUUGUCGAUUUUGGUGUUGCCGUGCAAAACUUGUGCGCUACAAUACAGGUGUGCCGAAUGGAUGAGCGGUUCUACAACGUUGCUUUGCUGCAAGAGCUUGUGGACAGCUUACCGUCAACCUUGAAAAUGAAUUGGGCAUUCUAUCGGAAACAGAGUGGAGCAUGUACAUUGCUGGAUUUUAACGAAUGGCUGGGACAAAUGGUGGAGGCUUUAAGUCAAGUGAUCAGACCGCACGUGUGGACUAAAUCGAACAAACUCGAGAAGAGAGGCCGAAACGAAGAAGCGCAUAUCCACCUGCACUCUGCAACCCUGCCUAGAGAAGAAAACCGCACAGCGUGUUUGGCAUGCUCGAAAGAGUGCGAAGAUCUCAACAAAUGUAGUAGUUUUCUCAACAUGACGCCAAGUGCACGAUGGACGCUGAUCAAUCAAAAGAAGAUUUGUCGAAAAUGUUUGACCAAGCACUUUAAAACUUGUGACAGGAAAAUCCCUUGUGAUCAAAAUGGAUGUAGCUACCUUCAUCACCCGUUGUUGCACGACGACAGCAAACACGCGAGACAGCUGCCAAACAGUUCAUUGCAAAACACCUCUUGUAACACUCAUCACUGUUCGCUUGGGGAAGUACUGUUGAAGUACAUUAGAAUCACGGUACAUGGAAAGGAGAAGUCCAUUACCACCUACGCCUUCCUUGACUCAGGAUCGACCUCCACUCUGAUGGAACAUAGUCUGUGGGAGGAGUUGAAUCUUAACGGCGAGAAAACUCCGUUGUGUAUGUCUUGGACUGGUGGUCAAGGCAGAUACGAAGAAGAAUCGGUUAAAUUUGCAGUUGACAUCGCGGGUUCCCAAACUCCCACUCAACGCUUUCAUCUGUCGAAGGUACACACAGUACGAAGCUUAGAUCUUCCUUCUCAAUCGAUAGCGAUUUCGGAUCUGGUGAAACAUUACGGACAUCUCUCCGGUCUUCCUAUCGCAUCUUAUGCUGAAGUUAAACCGCGAAUCCUGUUGGGUGUAGACAACACUAGGUUGGAGUAUCCACUCGACUCAAGAGAAGGGAGUGAAAAUCAGCCUACCGCCGUAUUGACUCGACUAGGUUGGCUAGUUUACGGUCCGUGCUCAGUAGUAAAACCAUCAACGUCCAGCAGCGAUAGUACGUACAGCUAUCACAUCUGCCAGUGCGAUGCGUUGAACUCUACUGUUAAGAACUAUUUCUCCCUGGAUAGCCUCGGAGUUCAGCUUACUGGGAAGUCGCUGAUGUCAAAAGAUGAUGAACGGGCGAUGACGUUACUGCAGUCGAACACGAAGCAACUAGGAAGAAAAUUCGAAACCGGUUUACUGUGGCGGUAUGAUGACAUCCAGCUGCCGGACAGUAAACCUAUGGCUUUGAAGCGUCAUGAGUGUUUGGCCAAGCGCUUGGUACGGGAACCAGAAUUGGCAAGAGUUCUCCAGAAGAAGAUAGCGGACUACAAAGCGAAAGGAUAUAUUCGAAAACUUUCGAAGCAAGAAGAAGCAAUGCAUAAGGGACGCUCGUGGUACCUGCCGAUCUUUCCAGUUGUAAAUCUCAAUAAACCAGGAAAGCUUCGCAUGGUUUGGGACGCAGCAGCCAAGGUAGGCCGCGUUUCACUAAAUUCGUUUCUGUUGAAAGGACCUGAUCAAGUUACGCCUCUUCCAAACGUUCUACAGCGGUUUCGUGAGUAUCGUAUAGCGGUCUCAGGGGAUAUUCGCGAGAUGUUCCAUCAAGUGCAGAUCAACAACGAAGAUCAGCAUUGCCAAAGGUUUCUGUGGAAUGAUGGAAUCCUCAGCGAUACCCCAACGGUUUAUAUCAUGCAGGUGAUGACGUUCGGUGCGAGUUGUUCUCCCAGCAGCGCACAGUACGUCAAGAAUCUAAACGCAGGUCGAUUUAAGAACCAGUUUCCAGAAGCAGUGGAGGCGAUCUGUAACGGAACUUACGUCGACGAUAUGCUUUAUAGCGUCGAAUCGGAAGAAGAGGCGGUGAAACUGGCGCAGGAUGUACGGUUCAUACACGCUGAAGGAGGGUUUGAAAUCCGGGGAUGGUUGUCGAAUUCGAAAAAAGUUAUUGAUGUCAUGGGUGAUCACAGUUCUUCUCAAAAGGAUUUGAACAAGCCUGGGGAGCUAGCAACCGAGAAAGUUCUGGGCAUGUGGUGGGAUACUGUCAGUGAUACGUUCACAUUCAAAAUUCCGCAACGAUGCAAGCACGAGCUGUUAUCUGGACAGGAAGCCCCAACCAAACGGGAGGUGCUGCGAAUCCUCAUGUCAGUCUACGAUCCGAUUGGGCUUCUCGCAAACGUGCUGAUGUUCUUGAAAGUCCUACUUCAAGAUAUUUGGCGUUCUAAUGUUGGCUGGGACGAACCAAUAGCAGAUCAGCAACUCGAGAAGUGGAGAACAUGGCUCAGUGUGUUACACAACGUCGAAACAGUUUCCGUUCCUCGGUGUUAUCGAACGAUGACAACGUCGUCAGCCAAAUCCAAUGAAAUCCAACUGCAUGUAUUCGUCGAUGCAAGCGAAAACGGAUACGCAGCAGUCGCCUACUUUCGGUACGAAGAGGGCAACACGAUAGAGUGUGCCUUCGUCACUGCCAAAACUCGUGUAGCGCCACUAAAGUACGUUUCGAUUCCCCGACUGGAGCUUCAAGCUGCAGUGAUUGGAACACGCCUGGCGAAGGCGAUAGGAGAAACGCAUCGAAUAGCAGUACAAAAACGGUUUUUUUGGACUGAUUCGAGAGAUGUUCUUUGUUGGCUGCGUUCGGAUCACAGGAAAUACAGCAAGUACGUCGGCGCCAGAGUUGGCGAAAUUUUGGAAAACAGUGAACUUUCGGAAUGGUUCUGGGUUCCGACAAAAAUGAAUGUCGCAGAUGAAGGCACGAAGUGGCAAAGAAUUCCUGAUAUUUCGCCAUCAAGCCGAUGGUUUAACGGGCCUUUCUUCAUGUGGCAGCAGCGAAGUUCGUGGCCACCUCAGCCGAUGAAUCACGGAACUACCACAACAGAAAUCAACCAUUCGGUAAACCUUCAUGCUGUUCGAGUUCCAGUCAUUAACUUUGCUAAAUAUUCGAGCUGGCGAAAGCUUGUCCGAGUUGUUGCUUAUAUGCGCCGGUUUUACAGCAAUAUUCGGGCUAGAAUACAUCAGAGUACACCCACGAUCGGAAUCCUCAAACACAGGGAGUUAUCUGAAGCCGAAAACUUGAUCUAUAUACAAGCACAGCUAGAUGAGUUUAGUAAAGAAAUGUCCUUGCUAUUGCGUUCCAAGGAUGUGGACGAAAGAAAGGUAGCUCGUAUUCCCAAGCACAGUUCGAUCUACACAUGCUCACCGUUCCUAGACGAUAAUGGGGUACUUCGCAUGCUUGGAAGGGCGACUGGUUGCCAAUUCAUACAGCCAGGCUCCGCUCAUCCUAUACUGCUACCGAAUAAACACCCGAUUACCACACUUAUCGUACGUUUCUUUCAUGAGCGCUACCAUCACCUGAACCAUGAAACAGCAGUUAACGAAUUGCGCCAGAAGUACCGAAUCCCGAAGUUGCGAAGAGUCUGCUACAAGGUACGGCAAGAAUGUCAGACCUGUAUGAAUGCUAGGGCUCGUCCGCGACCGCCCGUUAUGGCUGACCUUCCGCUGGCAAGGCUUGCAGCAUAUUCUCGACCAUUUUCCUAUGCUGGUGUCGACUACUUUGGCCCGAUGCAGGUAGUCGUUGGUAGACGCGUUGAGAAGAGAUGGGGUGUACUCAUCACGUGCCUAGUAGUCCGUGCCGUCCAUAUAGAGAUCGCCCACACGCUUAAUAGCAGUUCCUGUAUCAUGGCGUUGCGGAACUUCAUGGCCAGGCGUGGAACGCCUUUAGAACUAUUCAGUGAUCGUGGAACUAAUUUCGUUGGAGCAAAUCGUGAACUGACCGAAGCAAUUCGCUCUCUAGAUCAGGAGAAGCUCAUGCAAGAGCUCGAAACCCCAGAUACCAAGUGGACGUUCUUGCCACCGAGUAGCCCACACAUGGGUGGAAGUUGGGAAAGAUUGGUGCAGUCUGUUAAGAAAGUACUGAAUAAUAUGAAGCUUCCAAGAUUGCCAACCGACGAAGUUCUCAGGAACAGCCUCAUGGAGGUGGAGAAUAUCCUAAAUUCGCGACCCUUAACUUACGUACCCAUCGAGGAUGUCGAACAUGAAGCCAUCACACCCAACCACUUUUUGUUAGGUUCAUCCAGUGGUUCCAAACCAUUACUACCCUACGACGAAAGCCUCGCUACGCUAUCGAACUCUUGGAAAACAUCACAAACUCACGCGAAUUUGUUCUGGAAGAGAUGGUUACGAGAGUAUUUGCCGUCGAUAAAUCGCCGCACAAAAUGGCAUUACCCAGCUAAACCAAUCCAGAUUGGUGAUGUUGUCGUCAUUGUCGAUCCAGAUCUGCCAAGAAACACGUGGCCCAAAGGACGUGUUGUGGACGUCAAGCUGAAGGAUGGACAAGUUCGUAGUGCAACAGUGAGGACAACAGCGAACAUUUUCGAACGCCCAGCAGUCAAGCUGGCGGUUCUAGACGUCGGCGCAACAGCGAAUACACAGGAACCCGGAGCCUGUGUACUGGGGGGGAGUGUUACGCAACAUGCGAACGCGCCUCCGUUAUCAAUUUACCCUCAACGAGGUCAGCCGCCCCAGCUGCAAGCGGGACAGCGAGUAACUGACAAGUCAGUGGUAAACAAAAAAAAAAAAGGAUAGCGACGACGAAGAAAGAUAUCGAGAUUAAAAAAGUGGUUUGAGAUAGUCAUUAAAGCGAAAUUAAAUUGAAACUCUAAUAGCUAGAAGUACGGUUUAGGAUUGUUUUAAGGUUGCUUAUAUAUUGCUUUACAUUAGUACGGAGUGGAUUAACAGCUAAAAGUACGGUGCUGAAUUCUUAUAAUUAAUAGUACGGUUGAGUUUAUUAAAGGCUAGAGGACUGUUACAGCUAGUUCGUGCUAUUGAAGCAUCGCAGAUAACCGAGCUCAUGAUAAGGGUUAGACGACCGUACGAGACCAUUUCCCGGAAGUGACGGAAAUAAGUGAAAAUACUAAACGUAAGUAAAAUGAAGCAAUCGAUGAAGUUGUAUAUAGAUAUAUCGUGUCUAAUCGGCAGGGAAAAUUUAACGGACUCUAAAUAAAUUGAAUUAUCGUUUUUGCGUUGAGUUUGUUCAAAUUUACGGAAUUUGAUUUACGUA